CCCUGACAAGAGCCCAGCCCAGCACUGCACAGCGCUGCCAGCACAGCCAUGGAGCAGUACUUCUCGGCCACGCAGAAGAUGGAGCGGGAGGUGAUGUUCCCCAGCCUGCUGCGAGGGGUCUUCCCACAGCAGGAGGGCACAGACCCAGAUGAGGGCGGCCACUGCGACCUCUACGAGCGCUACCAGCACCUCAAGGCCAUCAAGCCCAUGGUGGAGAAAGGCCUGGCCUCUGUCACCGACCAGGCCCAGAGCGGCAACGCCGCCGACGGCUCCUGCGAGGACGCCGACAGCACGGACGCCCAGCUGCAGGAGCGCCUGUCCCACCACCUGGCCGGCUUGCAGCAGGUCCUCACCCACCUCACCAGGGACACCAACGCCCUCACGCGCAGGUACAGCCAGAUCCUGGAGCAGAUCAGCCCCAGCGAGGGACAGCCCAGCUGGUGACCCUGCCCCGGCCAGCCGGACGAGCGCCGCCGGCCCCGAGGAGAAGACGUCCCCGUGGCUGCCCGGCCUGGGCUCUGCCCCGGCCCCUCGGCCCUCCCCGCGCCGCUCAGCCCAUCUCCCGGCGCGGGCAGCGCUGGCCGGCUCUGGCUGCCACCGCCCGCGAUGCCAUCGCACGGUGCCCGAUGCCGCUGGGAAGAAGCCCCCGCUCACGCCGGGAGCGCCACGGCAGCGGCUGCACGCCCCGGGGCUGCUCUUGAUUGUCCAAGAGCCGCACAGAGGCCCAGGGAGCGUGCGGGGGCCCCGGCCUGCCACGCUGCCCUGCGCCUGCACAGCCCUUGUCCAGCUGGUACCUGGACUGCCGGGGCACUGCCCCCCCUCUUUGCUAAUAAAACCGUCUCUGGAA